GAAGAGAGCAGGGGGCCGUGACGGGCGGGAGAGCCCGCGCGCUUUUGAAGGCGCGAGACGGUUGGCGGUUGAGGUGCUCUUGUGAAGAUAUGGCAACUGUUACUCCACGAAAAAGGAGCCAUAGUUCUACUGAUACUAAUGGUGCAUCCUUAGCUUUUGAGACUCCAGUGAAAAAACUGAUUGUAGACUUUGCUGAAGAUCUGUCUCCACUCAAGAAAUCAAGAAGUAAUUGGUGUGCUUCUCAAAUAAAAAGGUCAUCUACUUCCAGUGAUGAACUUAAAGAAAAUGAGGUUGCACCCACAAAGUCAUCACUGGCAAGGAAGCUGGAUCAUUCUCCCUUUCAGACAGCCAGUGUUCCCACAGCUGCGUGUAGGGAAUUCUCAAAUUCUAAAUUAUCCCCAAAGACUGCUGCCUCAUACAAGUCCGUUGUGCCUGUGGUGUCCUUUUACAGCAAGGACAAGCAGUAUCUUACCCCUCUUGAGAGGAAACAAUUGAAUGAGAACUACUCUUUCAGUGUGAGGAAAAAUGAUGAAAAUCUCCCAACUGCCAGUAAGACUGAGAAGAUUGAUGUGAACUUCAGCAGAAAUAUAAGCUCAAGACCAGCCAAGCAUACAAUAAAUUCCAGACAUGGCAAAGCUGUCCCCAAAAAGCUUAAGAAGGCAAAUGGAGAUAUACUACCUAGUAAACCCAGCAUAGAGAAAGAGAAUUCUAAUUGCUUAAUUAAAAAGAAAAUGGAUUCACCUUUCAGAGUCCUGAGCAUGAAAGUUAAACCAGCUCUGAAACUCCAGUCAGGAGCAGCGUUCUUUUCUGCCAGAAAGAAAUCACACUCUGGUUCUAAAAAACUACCUGUAGACCAUAAGUCACCCCAGGGUCUCCCCAGGUCUCCAUAUGGAAAUGAUCAGCCCAGAUCACUGGUGGCUAAUCAGUCUAAUUCAGCUGACACACAAAAAAAUCUUGAGGCUAGUGGUGUAUUGAGAAGUAUUUCUGUGCCUCAGAAGGAAAAAGAAACCAUGGAGGAAUUUACAAGUCUCAGAAAUCAAGGGAGAGAUGCAAUUUGUGAAGGAAAACUAUCUCUGCAGAGAAGUGAAAGCACCUCUGUCAUUCAGUUUUGUACUUCAAAAUCUCCCGCUCUGGAUGCAGAGAAUGUGGAUUUUGGUGAAAUCAAUUCUUCCAUAGCCUGUGAGUCAGAUGACCAGGAGAUUAUUCCUUCAAGCCAAUCUGCAGGUGAGGAAUAUAAGAAAGGAUCCUCUUCAACUGCUGUUGUCUACCCCAUAUUUAGUGUACCCUCUGCUAGCAAGAAAAGGACACAGGCUAACCUAGAUGAAUCAGCUACUCCACGCAAAUCCAACCCACCUGCAAAAAUGGCUCACAACUUGCAGAAAAACAAGAGCACAAAAGAACUCUGCAAACGCUCUAAAGAUCAGAUGAUAAUUUUUGCCCUUGUCACAACUUAUGACAAAUUGUCUAAUAGAUCAAAUUUGAUAAUAGAAGCAGAGAACUCAAAGAUACAAAUUCUUGAGUGUUGUAAGACCUGGUCCCUGUGGAAGAGAGGGACGCAGGAUGCUGGUCAGAAGCAUUUUGGGGCUGUUGUUUGCAAGUCAUGUGGCAUGAUCUACACAGCUGCUAGCCCAGAGGAUGAAGCCCAACACAUCCAGCACCAUGAGAGAUUCCUCGAGGGACUCAGAUAUGUGGGCUGGAAGAAAGAACGGGUUGUGGCAGAGUUCUGGGAUGGGAAAAUUGUAUUGAUUCUUCCGGAUGACCCAAAAUACGCAGUCAAGAAGGCAGAUGAAGUGCGAGAAAUUGUAGAUAAUGAACUAGGAUUUAAGCAAGUUACAUUGAACUGCCCAGCCAAGACAAAAAUGUAUUUGUUUGUGUCCAAUGAGAAGAUGAUUGUUGGGUGUUUAGUAGCUGAAUCAAUUAAACAGGCUUUCCGGGUGCUGUCGGAGCCGGGAGCCGAACAGUCCCCCGGGCAGGAUGCCCUGCAGCACCAGCGAGCCUGGCGCUGCGCCACGAAACCCGAACCCGCCAUCUGCGGCGUCAGCAGAGUCUGGGUGUUCAGCCUGAUGCGCAGGAAGGGGGUCGCGCGUCGCAUGGUCGACGUGGUCAGGAACACGUUCAUGUAUGGCUGUUGCCUAAGCACAGACGAAAUCGCCUUCUCUGACCCAACCCCAGAUGGCAAGCUGUUUGCAACUAAAUACUGCCAAACCCCUAACUUCCUUGUUUACAAUUUUAUUUGUUACAAUCAAGUCAAACCAGUUAGCGUAAGCUGAAUCAAAGCUUCGUUUGUUAAUUCAUCUAACAGAGUUUGUGUUUUUAAAAUAACAUUUAAGUGUU